AUGAACGAGCAAGCGAGAAUUGAAUCUCAAACUGUUCAAGCUAGCAGUGAAAGUGUUAAAGUACCUGGUGACACUUCCGAUGCCUUCCUUGAGGAUCUCAUACAGAAGGUCGUCCACGGUUUUGUGUCUAGCUUACAGAAUGAUUUGCCAGAUAUGUGGCAAUCUUUUAACGAGGUCCUGCAGAUUAUACAGCCUUAUUCCUCUCUCAUUGAAGGAAAUGCUCAAUUGAUGCACUAUGUAGAACGUACAUACCAUCACGUUUGUGAAAAACCAGACUGUGGUCUUGAUUUAAACGCACUUGUCCUAGCAUUUCCGCAGCAAAUAUCCAAAUUACAAGAUGACUGUACUUCAGCAAUCAAUCGAAAAGUCAAAUUUCCAUCUGGUACUCAAGACCUUGAAGCUGGAAUUGGCUUGCCAGCCAAGAAAAUUCGGGAGAAGAAAGGCAUUAGUGUCCCAAAAGGAGCUGUUAUUUCCCCACCAGAGGAGAUCUUUGAUGAUAAUGUUGUAAAUAUAAAACAUGUGUUUCCAAGCAAUAAACUGAAUAUCAAUGAUUUACGAAAGUCUCUUCCAUUUGUUGUAUAUGAGAUUGGUCUUCGGGAGGCAUCAUGGGGACGACCGUUGGGCAUUACAGCUACUGCUUUGAAUACUGACCUAGCAGAGAUGCUCCCCGGGGUUGUUAGUCCUAGAACCUCUGGGCUGCAUCUCAUUGAUGAAAUAUCACCUACCAACAAAAAGUGUGUUCAAGACAAAAAAGACGCCAGAGAAGAAAAAGCUGUGAAACGUCCAUUGACAGGGAGAGAAAUUGUCGAAAGAUUUGUGAAGGGUCAUUUUCUGGGUUCGACUAAGUUUGCCUACCUAAACAGAGCAGAAAGCAAGCACUAUGAUCCAUACAACUUGGUGGUUGUCCCAAGAAAGAAGAUGAAUCCAGAACACUUUGUGGUAUCAUCUCAUGCAAUACUUCAUGUAAUACCAAACCGUCCAUCUGAAUUAGUCCCCCUCAACGAAUGGUACAAAGAGGCACUACUGUUUAAUGCCACUCUUAAGUUUAACUUCUUUAAGAAUUUUCUAAUUGCUAAGAUGUUCUUAAGGUGGAAGCGUGUCAAGAAAGUCAGUCAGUUCAGAGCAUUAUGUGACCUUGUCUCCAAAUCAAUGAUCACCUGCACACCUGGUUUUGGUUCGGCAUUGCUUCGGAUAUACUCCCUUGUUGUGGAUCUUGAUCAAGUACAGUUACUUCCACUCAGUGAUCGAAGGUGUAGGCCUCUCCGUGAUUUUAAUAAUGUUACCAUCAAGUUAUUGAAUGAGGCCCAAGAAUGUCUUAAGAUGUUUUACAGUUACUGUUUGUCUGUCAUCAAUAAAACAAAGGAGAACUGUUUUGAGUAUCUGGAAUAUUGUAAGGAGCAGUUGAGCAAGAAGCCACGUAAGCCGAGAGGUCAAUCCAUCUUUGUGACAAAGGAGAGAAAAGCAAUCAAGUUACAGAACAUGAAACAUGCUCAUCAUGAAAUUCUACAGAUGGAGAAGUUUAUUCAACUUGUUGAACAGAUUCUUAUCACAAAGUUACUCACACUUGCAAGGCGGAACAUUUGUACCUUUGUCAACGAUGUGCUGGACUGUUUGGUUAUUAAGGAUCAAGGACUUUUUGAAGUUGCUCUGGAAUUUAACAAGACAGAUCACCUUGUUCUCAACCCUGGCUAUGCUAUGCUCCAACGAUCAUUAUUUUUUGCUUUGGAGAGUGUUCUGAGGAUUCUUUGUCAAACAGCUGAAGUUUUAGAAGCUGGUUUUAAUAUGCCGGAUGACGGAGAGGAUGUGGAAAGAGAAAACUCUCCUGCAAGUUCUAGGUAAUUCAAAAUUUUUAAUUACCCCCUGAAUUACUGUUAAGCCCCACUCUUUGAUAAACACCUCUUUUUUAGAAACCAUUGAGUGGCAGCACUCUCCCCCUGAUGUCAUGCAGAGUAAAAUGGUUUGGCGUUAGACACAGUAAAAUAAUAAAGUAGGGCACAUCUGGGCGCACUGCCACUUAAAGGGUUAACAGAGUGCAUCUUUAUUAGGCAGAUAUAGUGCUUAUAAUACUUUAUAUUAUUUAUUUAAUACUUUAUACUUUAUUAAUAUAUUACUAACUUUAUUUUUUUCUGAUGUGCCAUAUAGUCAACCAUUUUACGUAUUCGUCAAUGGGAGAGUGCUGCCACUCAAUGGUUUAAUCAGGUUAUUUACCCAUACUGUACAUCCUUAAAGCUGUUAAGCCUUUAGUAGCAAUGUGCGAUUAAGUACUUCAAAUGUUAUUUUACUUGAGAUCUCAACUAUCUAAUACCAGAUGAUUUUAUUUGUCAAGGGGUCAGAGCGCUGCCACUUGAUGGGUUAAGCAUGACUCUACACCCAUAUCACCUAUUUUUGCUCACACCAAUAUGAUUGUGGUAUAACUAUACACUGUUAUUUUCGGGGAGUUAAUUUAACUCCCGUGGAGUUAUACUGUACCUCAAUUAACUCCAAAUGUGGAGUAAAAUUAGGUUGAAAAUAAUACCACUGGAGUUAAAUUAAUUUCCUGAAAUUGACAGUGUACUAUUGGCAAUUGGUCUUAUCUUGCAUAAUCAUGCAAUGUAUGGUGCAAUACUGUAAUUCAAGAUUUUUAGCUACACCUGACUGGUACUCCAAUACUUAUUCAGUUAUUGCUAGUAUACGUCUAGACGUACCGUAUAUUCUUGACUAGUCUGGUACAAAAUUAAGAUACUCAAGGUGUUAUUAAUAAUUACAUAAAGGACAGUUUUUGAACAGUAAAAUCAUCCAGUAAUCUAAUUUAGAACAAGAAGGAGUUUACACUGACAGUCAACUAGCUUUUCUCAUGCGGGCCAAUAUCUGUCAUUGUGUAUGGUACUGUCUUCCUUUAAUGUCAAAAAAUCUAGUAGAUUUUUAAAUUAAAACAAUGUCAAAAGUGACCUUUCAAAGUUGUGACUGUAAAUUGGCCAUAAUGAUACAGAUUAUACACACAAGAACAGUGAUUAUAAGAAGUGGUAUUUCGCGGUGCAUAUAAUUAUAUGCUCUCAAAUUUGGGACUGAGACAGACAGGCAGUACGGUACAUCAAAACUGUGUAAACGGUGGUGCCUUACAUUACCUCAAAACUGCUGACAUCAGUGGUGUCAGAAUUGAUUUCACACAAAUACCUUGUAAUGGUUUUCAAAAUAAAAUACUAAUUCGCUAUGGUUUUCAAUACGUAUCCAAAGAUCAGGACGCUUCUAUGUAGGGCGGUGCAACGAGGGCGCUGAUCGACGUCUGAUGCGGAAGUAGCCUUAGUAAUCUUAAUCUGUAGUUAUAUCUGUCAAAGUCUUGAAAAGUCAUGGCAAGAUCUGUAGAACUUUACAUCUUCACAAGAUUUUGAAAAAUCAUGCCAAUACCUUAAAUCCUUAAUAGUUAAAUCUUUGCAAGAUCUUGAAAGAUUAUGUCAUGUUGAAAGCUUACAUGCAGUCUGAAAACUGCUGCAUGUAGGACGUUACGAGUAACUGUACCGGUAUAAUAUACCCGUGCAAACUUCGGUGUUCUCUAUCGGCUGCGGCAUAAUCAAGUACUUUUCCAGUUUCUCAACCAAUCAGAAUCUGGUUGUCAACCAGGGGUCGAAAUUUAAAUUUUUUUGUACUAUACAGCCGGAAUAGUAGAUUUUUAUAUUUACUAUUCCGUCUGAAAAUCCACUAUUCCUUAAUGUACUGUUUCUGUUCAUGCAGAGUCCGCGUUAAUGUUCUGAUUUUCGUGAAAUCAUCCUUGAGACUCCUAAAGUGAACUGAAUAAUUGAAUAACAAAAAAUAAACAUGACUGUACAGUGCAUUGCUCUGUACAGUCAUGAACAAAUUAUUAAUAAAAAAACAAAGUUCAAACACUGAAAUGAACUUUGUUGCGAAGUUCGCGCCCAAUUUCCGAACUUGGAAACGUAAUUGGCAAGUUCGCAACGAACUUGGAAACCGCGAGUUCGCAACGAACUUGGAAACCGCGCGUUGAAAAGUGACUUGAAAUCAACAAUAAUAUUCGUGCAAAGAAAUUGGAAUAUGCAAGUAUUGCAAGCGAACAAGAACUUAGCUACGAAGUGGAACAGUGACUCAAAGUCCGGUAUAAAGUGAUAUAUUAUACAAGAGAAAAACCCUUGCAUGUCGAUAUUUGGUACCACAAUUUUUUCAACUAUACAAACGGAAUACUGUGAUCAUCAAGUUUACUAUUCCGUCAGGCAUAUUAGUAUAUUCGGAAUAGCGGGAAUUUUGACCCCUGGUUGUGUUAAUCUGUCAUUUCAAGAAUGCGAUUAUUAAACAUUGACUGUUAUUAUUUAGUGAAAAAAGUGACUCCAAGCGUCCGGAUUCAAAAUCCCCCAACAUGUUACACAACUUCCUGAUUGGUCAAUCCCCAAUAAUGUUUGCUCCGGCCACCAGCCUACCUAGACUCAGCAUCUAUGAUCGUACGACGCACAACACACCUAUAGCCCGCCCUCUUUAUUCACCCAAAGCCCCAGAAAAAGAAGAUAAGAGAAGCACAAAUCUCAAGUCGUUGUUACAAGAAUCCUUUAUACAGGAAUCUCAAGCAUUUCCUGAAAACACUGAAGAACAACGACCCGAGUCAGCAGAACGGUGCAUCGAGCCAACUGGUGGGUUACUUGUGCAAGGAAAAACAAUGCAGCUGCGAGUUGGAGCAUUGACAAGUCCUUUGUCCAAAAAGAAACUCGAGGGAGUAGUCUUUAGAGAGUAA